UCGGCGGCGGCAACUGCUGGGCUGCGGGGCUGCCGGGCGGCUGCCCGCGGAGGCCGGACGGGCCAGGCCGGGCCCGCCACCGUCAUGCUCAUCUUCUUCCUCGUCUCGGGGGCAUCGCUCUGGCUGAUCGCGGAGUUAAUCCUCUCACUUCUGGAGAAGAUGCAGACACAGGAGAUCCUGAAGCUACUGCGACUGCCCGAGCUGGCUGAUUUGGGCCAAUUUUUCCGUAGCCUUUCAGCCACCACCCUCGUGAGUAUGGGUGCAUUGGCUGCCCUUCUCGCCUACUGGUUCACUCAUCGGCCCAAGGCCUUGCAGCCACCAUGCAACCUCCUGAUGCAGUCAGAGGAAGUGGAGGACAGUGGUGGGGCCCGGCGAUCUGUGAUUGGGGAUGGCCCGCAGCUUCUGACCCACUACUAUGACGAUGCCCGGACUAUGUACCAGGUGUUCUGCCGUGGGCUUAGCAUCUCAGGAAAUGGCCCUUGUCUUGGCUUCAGGAAGCCCAAUCAGCCUUACCAAUGGCUGUCCUACCAGGAGGUGGCUGACAGGGCUGAAUUCCUGGGGUCUGGACUUCUCCAACACAAUUGUAAAGCAAGCACAGAUCAGUUUAUUGGUGUUUUUGCACAAAAUCGGCCAGAGUGGAUCAUCUCAGAGCUUGCCUGCUACACAUAUUCGAUGGUAGUGGUCCCACUCUAUGAUACCCUGGGCCCUGGGGCCAUCCGCUACAUCAUCAACACAGCGGACAUCAGUACUGUGAUUGUGGACAAACCACAGAAAGCUGUGACCCUGCUGGAGCAUGUGGAGAGGAAGGAGACUCCCGGGCUCAAGCUCAUCAUCCUCAUGGAGCCGUUUGAAGACGCUCUGAAAGAUAGAGGACAGGAGUGCGGGGUGCUCAUCAAGUCCAUGCAGGCUGUGGAGGAGUGUGGCCAGCAGAACCGUCACGUUCCUGUGCCCCCGGAGCCCUGCGACCUCUCCAUUGUGUGUUUCACCAGCGGCACCACAGGGAACCCAAAAGGUGCGAUGCUCACCCAUGGGAACGUGGUGGCUGAUUUCUCAGGCUUUCUAAAAGUGACAGAGAAAGUGAUCUUUCCGAGACAGGACGAUGUGCUCAUCUCCUUCCUGCCUCUGGCUCACAUGUUUGAGAGAGUGAUCCAGUCUGUCGUCUACUGCCACGGAGGGCGCGUCGGCUUCUUCCAGGGCGAUAUCCGUCUGCUUUCAGAUGACAUGAAGGCUCUGUGUCCCACCAUCUUCCCUGUAGUCCCACGGCUGCUGAACCGGAUGUAUGACAAGAUUUUCAGUCAGGCAGACACACCAUUAAAGCGCUGGCUUCUGGAGUUUGCUGCGAAGCGUAAACAGGCUGAAAUUCGCUGUGGAAUCAUUAGAAACAACAGUAUCUGGGAUGAAAUCUUCUUUAAUAAGAUUCAGGCCAGUCUUGGGGGGAAAGUGAGGAUGAUUGUUACUGGAGCAGCCCCCGCUUCUCCCGCAGUCCUAGGAUUCCUCCGGGCAGCUCUGGGAUGCCAGGUUUAUGAAGGUUACGGUCAAACUGAAUGCACAGCUGGAUGUACCUUUACUACACCCGGGGACUGGACCUCAGGGCAUGUUGGGGCUCCUCUGCCCUGCAAUCAUAUCAAGCUGGUAGAUGUGGAGGAACUGAACUAUUGGACCUGCAAAGGCGAGGGAGAGAUAUGUGUGAGAGGACCAAAUGUAUUUAAAGGUUACUUGAAAGAUCCAGACAGGACAAAAGAGGCUCUAGACAGCGACGGCUGGCUUCACACUGGAGACAUCGGGAAGUGGCUGCCGGCCGGAACUCUUAAAAUUAUUGAUCGGAAAAAGCACAUAUUUAAACUUGCUCAGGGAGAAUAUGUGGCACCUGAGAAGAUUGAGAACAUCUACAUCCGCUGUGAGCCUGUGUCACAAAUCUAUGUCCAUGGAGACAGCUUAAAGGCCUUUUUGGUGGGUAUUGUCGUGCCUGACCCAGAAGUCUUGCCCUCCUGGUCCCAAAAGAGAGGAAUUGAAGGUUCAUAUGGAGAUCUUUGUACAAAUAAGGAGCUGAAGAAAGCCAUUUUGGAAGAUUUGGUGAGGUUAGGAAAAGAAAGUGGACUCCAUUCUUUUGAACAGGUUAAAGCCAUUCACAUUCACCGUGACAUGUUCUCAGUUCAAAAUGGCUUGCUGACACCAACAUUAAAAGCUAAGAGACCCGAGCUGAGAGAAUACUUCAAAAAACAAAUAGAAGAGCUUUACUCAAUCUCCAUGUGAAGUUCAAGGAAAGUUCUUCUCAGUAUAAUGGACUGUGUAGCAAUAUUAUAGUUACUCCUGAAAGUAAUGAGUCAGCCUAAUGGCACAGAUGAAAAUGAACGAGCACGUGACCAUAUGACAGCCUUUUCCUGUCCCAAGAGGUCUUUAACAAUAUUUUCUCUAUCAUCACUGAGUACACUUUAUUUUUAUUAAAAUGAAUUGUAGUGAGCUGCUAAAAUAUUGCAAAUGACAAUGUAUAAAAAUCAAGACUUUUUUCAAGAACCGUGUACCACUAAAAGUAAUAUAUUCUCAAUGUUCACAGCACUAUUAAACAUAAAGAAAAAUAUAACUAAUAUAUUGUACUCAAUUCUUUGUGGACUACUAACCAGAUACAGCAAAUAUCUAGACAAUAUGGACUACCUCAUUUAAUAAUGUCAAAUUACAAUGAAACCAGACUUAAAAAUUAAAAAUAGGUGUACAGAAUCAUGCUAAAAUAAAACAUGAUAGCUCACACUCUAGAACUUUGAUUCUUUAAAUAUGACAAUCCUUAUCAAUGUGAAAGUCUUAUCAUUUGUACUUUUAUCCAUGAAAAACGUAAGUUCAGAUGUUCUUAAGCCAAGUGUGAUGCUAAUAUAGCUUUUUUUUUUUUUUUUUUUUUUUUUUAGUUUUUGAGCCACAUCUGGCAAUGCUCAGGGGUCCUGGCUCUGUGCUCAGGACUCACUCCUGGCAGUGCUUGGGGGACCAUCGGGGAUGCUGGAGAUUAAAUCCAGGUCAGCUGCGUGCAAGGCAAGCACCUCAUCCACUGUACUUUUGCUCCAGCUCCCCCUAAUACAGCACUUAACAAAAAUCUUCCACACAUUUUCUCAUUUAUUAAGCUCAUUAGAAUUUAGGAACUACCUAGAAAAAUGUAACAUAAAACUACCAGGAUAAUGCGAUAUCCAUGGACUUAUGGCCACAACAAACUCUAAAAGAUAUAUGUUGACUUUAUUAUGAAAAGACAUAUGGAAGAGAUGGAGAAGAAACCCAACAUUAUUUCUCAGAUUGGGCAGCAAUUAAUGUACCUAAUAUUCCUCACUGGCUUUUUACAGUCUUAUAUUCUUAAUAUUAUCCAGGCCAUGCAUUCUUGAGAAACUCAAUUUAUGAACAAUUUCACUUUCUUUAGUAACACCCUCAAGGCAGGAUAUUGAAAGGAAUAAAUGUUAUUUCCAAAUAAAAUUUUUUUCAGCAAUAUAACUUUGAAGAACCUCUUCAAAAUACUCUUAGAAAACUAUGUAAGUCUACCAUAGAUGUUCUUGGAUCUGGGUGCCAACAAUUUUAUAAAAAGUAAAGCCAACAUGGACAGCAAUUAAAUUUCAAGCUGCAGACUGUACAUUUGAAAGAGAAACUGUCCUAGGACAGUUUUCUUCAGGAGAAAAGAAAAGCAGAGGUGAGGCAUUAUUCAUAGUGUAGAGGCUCUUUCCACUGCAGUAAAUCUUAUCUGUUAAAUAAAUGCUUUUGGUUAAAAGCUGCAUCAUCACACAGACCUGCUGGAUGAAUCUGCAUGAAUGAUAUGUACUUAUUUUAGUCUUCACAAAAAUGUGCCAGUUUUCCGAUGGAUUUAUUGAAUAUUUUACAUAUACAUGGGCACAUUUUUUCCUGCACACCCAUCAUUUGCACUUACAAAUUUGACUUUUAAUGAUCCAGUUCUAUGAACAUUAGUUUUAAAGAUAUUUUUAAUAAAAGGAUACUAAAAUAUCUAAGGUCACAUUUAUAGGGCAUAAAUACUUUAUGCUUACUAUAUGUUUGACUAAUCAGUAAAAAACGCUUACCUGGAUUAGAUAAAUAUGUUUUAAAGUUUGAGUAGAUUCAUAUUUUAAAGAAAAUAAAACUAUUACCUUUUAUCUUUCCAUUUAAUUAAAACUUCAUAGUUGGCUUUGUUUACAAUGGGACAGAGUAAUAUAAGCAAUCUAAAACAAAUAUUUUUCCUAUUAUUGUCUCAUAGUCUUUAUAAAAAUGAAGGUUAUGGACAACUUAAUAUUUCUGCCUUUCUCACUUUAAAUUCUGAUGUUUCCAUUAGUGAUCCUGAUUUGUGUGAAAAUUAUCACACAUGGGCCAAAAAAUAAAUUACAUCAGUUGUACUGAGAGAAGUAAACAGUGGGCCCCAAAUAUGUUGCAUGUACAUUUAUUUAUUCUUCUGUUUAAUGCCACUAAUUUUUUAAUAAAGGAAAAAUUAAACAAUA